AUGGCAGACAACUCCAGAACCUCAACUCCUAAGCCAAACCCCAAGGGCAUCAACGAAGGUCACCAGAACUUCGACCUCAGCGACGAGCAGUUCACCAGCGACGGUGACGAGACCAAAUGGCCCACAACCAAGACCCGCGUCUCUGACAAGGAGUUUCUGAGACUGCUCAACACUGCAUACAACCAACGUCAAGACCUCGUCAGUCAGUGGAGUGGUCAGCCCGUCAACUUCGAAGGCGAGCCACCCAAGGGCUAUGCUCUGUUCAGACUGUCUGACUUGACUGUUCAUGGACACCCCAGCGGCAGACCAUUCAGAUCGGUCAAGCAGUUUGUUGAUCAUGUGCACAGUAUCAUGACCGAAACUCUUGACGGCUGUCGUUGCGCUGUGUGCCGUCCUGAUCUGGUUUGA